UAUCGCUGAUCUACAGAUUAUGAAGAAGAAUGGCUAAAAUAUCUGACAUACUGUCAGAUGAUGGAACCAUCUCCCUCCUCCUCCUCCUUCCUGAUAGCUCAUUAACCGGCAACAUCCACUUAAAGGAAGGAUUAUUAAAGAGUACUUUCCCUGAACAAGAGUCAACUCCACUAUAAAUGAACUGAAUCCUGCACAGGUGGACUUGAGAGAGUGUAGCUGCACACACUGAUGCUUCAGUAACUCCACUGCACACCUGAACUGUUUCUUUUGAUCACAGUGAAAACAACUAAUCAGACAGAAUGCUUUUUGUUGCCGUCUUUGCUCUCCUAGCAGCCUCUGCUGUAGCUGACUCUCAGUCCUACUCCUACUCCCCACCAGUGGGGUCAGGAAGUGGCUCUUCGUACAGUCUCACUGGUACAGGAAGGAUCACAGCUGUACGAGUAUGGGGUGACCACAUUGUCCGGGGCCUCCAGUUCCGCUACGGCUUCAUCUGGUCCCACUUUGUUGGUUUGAAAAUUGGUACAGCCCAGGAGAUUGAAUUGUUUGAUGGUGAAUCCAUCAUCCAGAUUUCUGGGACCGCUGGUCACUACGUGGAAUUAGUGGUAUUCACCACUAACAGAGGACGCACACUGAGUGUAGGCCGAUGGAGUAGCAAUGCCUUUAACAUGUAUGCGUCCCACCCAGAGGCUGAGCUGCUCUUCAUCAGCGGCAGGCGAAUUCAUUGGGGCAUCACCGCCAUCGCAGGGCACUGGGGUAUUGUUGCAAGUAACAGGACCUCUGACUCUGAGCACUAAGUUCAGUUCUGUGGCGCAUCUGCAAAUUUUUUAACAUUUUAAUGUCACAAUUUCUUCCUGCUGAGCUGCUGACUUCAAAUGCACUUUACUGAAAACUCUUUUUCCUUAAAUUCUUUCUUCUUUGUUGAAAUCUGUUGAGAGAACUUGACUUGAUUCUUACCCUUUCUUCUAUGGUGACGUUUUACACCAUGUAUCUGUCAUAACAGAGGGCAUUAUGUAAUUAUUUUACUGUAUUAAAACAUUAGCUGACCUUACUCUUGUCUCUUUGCUUUUUAUAGCAUACAGAAGAAAACUCAAACUCAUGCACUGUAUAAUCAGUUAAUGAUAUAUAACUCUGAUCUGAAGUAUGUGCUCCUGUCUUUGUUUAUAUGAUGUGAGAUAAGAUGUUCAAUAAAAACAGAUUUU